AAGUGCAACUUCCUCGCCCCCCCCUUCUUCUUCUUCUACUCCUACAAACUCGAGUGAACGCACGGGGCUCUAGAGAUGACUACCACGUGAAAAGAACAGGCCCUCCUCUGGCAUCUGCUCUAGGAAAAGCACUACGUGGUGCGACGACGAUGGCGAGGCUGCUGCUCGGGGUCUCGCUCCUGGCCAUGGCGCUCGGGCUCGGCUGCUGCGCUUCCAUCGCGCCGGCCCCUGAGCCCUCCGACUCCGCCUCCGAGCCCUCCGUCUCAGACGACGUGCGUGCGCUCCUCGCCUUCAAGCGAGCCAUCGACGACGACCCUCGCGCCGAGCUCUCCAACUGGAACACCAGCGAACCGGAUCACUGCUGGUGGUCCGGCGUCUGGUGCUCGCUCUCCGACGGCCGUGUGGUGGCUCUGGAGUUGUCAAACUCAUCUCUCUCGGGGUUCCUCGCACCAGAGAUUGGAUCCUUGACUUCUCUGCAAAAACUCAUAUUGGAUCACAAUGCAUUCACGGGCUCGAUACCGAGAGAAAUCGGCAAGCUAAAGAACCUCACAGUGCUGAAUCUCAGCACAAAUCAACUGGAGGGGCCCAUUCCAAGUGAGGCCGGUGACAUGCAAAACAUCACAACAAUAGACCUUCACGCGAAUCGGUUGAGUGGUGCCAUCCCUCCUGAGCUCGGCAAGUUGGCAAACCUCAAGGAGCUACGGUUGAGCAACAACAGCCUCACAGGGACUAUUCCUGGAAGCAAUGAUUCCAUCAUGGUGUCCACCAAGAAAGAAGAUCAGGUUGGUUUGUGUCAGUUAGCUCAGCUAACUGAUAUAGACCUCUCAAAUAACCUUUUAGCUGGAAGUAUUCCUGCGUGCUUGGGGCAUAUCCAAAGAUCAAGCAUGGUAGGAAAUUGCUUCCACAACAAUGACACAAGGAACCGUCCUGACUGGGAAUGUGGAAACAGCAUGGAUGCAGGCAAGGACAAUAACAACACCAGUAUUGGUGAAGAUGGGCAGAGAGGAAGAGUGAUACAGCCACUGUGGCUCCUCAUCGUGGAAGUCGUCACAGGAGUUUCAGUGCUCUCCAUCUUAACGCUCUGUGCCAUCGCUGGCCUCAGAAGACGCAAAGAUAGGUCCUCCAGGAGAGGUGUUCCAUGGACAAGAGCGCUAAGCUGGAAGGAAAACAACGUGAUCUCAAUUGAUGAUGACCUGCUGGGGAAUGUGCCGAAAAUAAGCCGGCAGGAGCUCGCCGAGGCCUGCGAAGACUUCAGCAACAUAAUUGGGUCUUCCCAGGAGACGGUGGUGUACAAGGGGACCAUGAAGGACGGCCGGGAGAUCGCCGUCGUGUCGAUGUCCGCUUCGGUGCACCACUGGACGAACUACGUCGAGCUUUACUUUCAGAAGGAGGUGGUAGAAGUGGCCAGAUUGAGCCACGAAAAUGCCGGGAAGAUGGUGGGAUACUGCAAGUCGUCCGAUCCCUUCUCGAGAAUGGUGGUCUUCGAGUACCCGUCGAACGGGACGCUCUACGAGCAUCUCCACGAUGUGGAAGGGUGUCAGCUAUCCUGGCCGAGGCGGAUGAAGAUAGCGCUGAGCAUCGCGCGCGUGCUCAGACACCUGCACACCGAGCUGCAGCCGCCGUUCGCCGUCGCCGCGCUGGCGUCCAGCUCCGUCUAUCUGACGGAAGACUUCUCGCCCAAGAUAAUUGACUUCGAGAGGUGGAGGGGUCUCGUCGGCAAACCCCUCCUGAGCUCCGGCUGCGUGGUGAACGGCGGCGGCGGGCAUUCCAACGGCGUCGUGGACUCCCGGCACGUGCGCUUCAUGGACGUCCAGGCCAACACCUUCGCCUUCGGCGUGAUUCUCCUGGAGCUGAUCAGCGGCAGAGCCUCGCUCUCCAAGGACACAGACGACCUGGUGAACUGGGCGAGGAAGCACUUGGAGCAGGCGGGGGAGUUUGGCAAGCUGGUGGACCCGAAGCUGAGGAGCGUGGGCCAGGAGAGCCUGGGCAUCAUCUGCAACGUGGUGAACCUGUGCAUCGACGCCGAGCCGUCGCGGAGGCCCUCCAUGAACAUGAUCGGGGCCAUCCUCGAGGAAGGCGUCGACACGUCCGUCAGGGACUCCUCACUGGCCUGGGCGGAGGCGGCCAUCUCCUAGAUGACCCUUGUUUGCUUCGCUGCUGUCGUUUGUGUGUGUGUUGUGUGUGUUUUGACGGGCGCUGCUGUCGUGUGUUCAUAACUUCAUAUAGACCGCAGCUGCUCAGUGAUUAAUUUGCCUACAAACAAGAUUGAUUUUUGAUCCAUGUCCACAAGAACAGCGCUAGCAUAAUGGAGCAGUUGGUAGUCUCGCUUUUAGGUUUUUUUUCGUCCCACCUUCUCUUCUCUGGGUUUUUUUCGUCACGGUUUUUUUUGGCUGAUUUUUUCCGUCCCCUCCCCCACCCCCACGCACGCAAAAAAAAAAAUCCUCCGGUCCAAAAUCAUCGAGUCUUCUCCUCGAUGCCCUAGCGCAUCUCACCAGCGCCGCCGCCGCUCCCUGCCACACCCACGACAAAACCAAUCCCUCGCGUCGAGGGAGAGCACGAAAGGCAGAGCUGCUCCCGCACCCUGCGCAGCGUUGCCGCUAGCGUGCCCCGCCCUCAUCUGGUCAAGGGCGCGGCGGAGCAGGACGCCGGCACGUUCGGUGACCGGCUGGACUUCUGCAAGGCGAACCUGUUCACGGGGCGGGGCGCGGCGCGGAGGGCGGGGAGGAGUGCGAGGAGCGGCGGUGGCGCAGGAGAGGAUCAUGCACCGGAUCAACUCCAAGAUGGCGCACAAGUCGUACCAGCUGGGGCAGCAGCUGUCGUUGCGGUGGUCGACCGGCGUCGGGCCGCGGAUCGGGUGCGUGCGCGACUACCUGCCGAAGCUGCAGUUCCGGUUGUUGGAGGAUUCGGGCUUUGAAAUUGUGCCAAGUACAUAUGCGUUCGGUGGAGGAUUCGGGCUUUGAAAUUGUGCCAGAAACAGACACAGAAACAGAAUUUGAGCAACACUGACUGUUUGUUGUAAUCUAUAUACAACAGAAUUUGUACUGCAUCCUUAGU